AUUGGCAUCAAACUUGAUUUACUCACGAAAGAAGACAAACGAUCCCCAAGACAUAGACCAAUCUCUUCUUUGAUAUUAUCUACCUUUUGGACGCCAGAAAGAUUCAUUUACUCAAAAAGAACUUUUGGAAAAAAAACUUUUUCUCUUUGGACAGUUUAUUUUGAGAUUUGCUAUAUUCAGCACUAGAUAUGAAAUAUUCUGUUCACUUUAUUUUGCUGCUUCAGUUUCUACAGAUGGUAUGGGGAUCCGCAGACUCAAUAGAUGAAUCCCAUUCCAGAGUAAGGCGAGGCGGUCUGAGCAUGCUCAGACUAGGGCGCGGGUUACAAAUGUUACGACUAGGCAAACGAGGCAUGCCAAUGCUACGGUUAGGUCGUUCUAAUGGACUGAGUGAAACUGACGAGGAUUUUAUGUACCCGGAUGAAAGCGAAUUAGACGAAGGCAGACGACAGGUUCCCCUGCCAAGAUAUGGUAAAGAUUUGCAGCAACAGUUACAACUCGAAUGGUUACAAAGCGUCUUAGACAGUGACCUGGAAAACAAUGGUGUCAGGAUUAUUCGCCCUGCUGGUCGCCCGGGCCGUUUUAGGAGAUCUCUGAAAGAAGACAACAGCGAGGAGAAAGACAGCGAGGAAAGACAUAUCCCUCAUCCACGUAUUGGCCGCCUGAUACAACUUGACGACCUCAAAUAUCCAACGUCAAACCUUGGAAGUUACUACUUAACAGAUUCUAAUAUAUAUACGGAUAAACGGGGUAUGCCUAUGUUACGACUUGGACGUGGAAUGCCCAUGCUUCGUUUGGGAAAGAGGCUACAGGCCGAUGACUCAAAACGAGGCAUGCCCAUGUUAAGACUGGGCAAGCGCACAAAUGUUCAGGCAGAUUCUGCGUCACAGCAAGAGACAAAUCAAAAUAAACGUGGCAUGCCGAUGCUUCGUUUAGGAAGAAAUGCAAACUAAAGGUUUAACAUACUCUUACCAUAAACCAAAUAUACUUUAUCUCCUAGCAAAAAACUAAUUUAAAACAAUGCGGUUAUGACAUUCCGAAAACUGUACAAGCAAACAAGAAAUGGAUUCAUUAUUUUUUAGUACCAUUAUGUGUGUAAAUUGUUUUGAUGUUGAUGAUGAAAUUUUGAUUGACAUAUUAAAUAAUUGUGGCAAGUAUUAGAGAAUUAUUUUUGAUGAUUGUUUGAAAACAUAAAAACUCUGUGAUCAUUAUGACUUUAUUUUGAAUCAUUUUGUAUAUUUAAUUAAAGAUGUUGUUAAACUUUG